GAGUCAUGCAGACUGAUGAGGAGCAGCAGCAGCAGCAGCAGCAGAAGAAGCAGAGGAGCCGCUGUGUGCUGACAGUUGGGGCUGAGCCGGGGAGAAACGAGCAGCGACGGGCGCUCCUAGUUCGUCCCUGCAGCGGGCACCACCGUGGUCAUCUCAGGAUACGCACGGCUGUUUUCCUGUUUUUCCUUUUUCGAAGAACCCCCGAGCUUUUCAGGCAUGCUUUCUCCUUCUGUCUUCGUGGGUAAGCGGGACGCCGGUGAAUAACACUUCCCUUCAGCGGCUGGAUAAAUGACUUGAGAAACUCUCGUCGAAGUGAGCGGACAGAGAAAGCGGUUGUACGGGAGAUGAAUGUUACCGGGAAACAGCAACCUGAGCUGAUCGAGCGACCCGCCAGCCUCCCGGUUCCAACUUCGACAAAAUCUGGAAUUGCUUUGCUGUACAAUGAGGAGACCAACAAUACCUAUGAUGUCUGCCUGAAAUUGACCAAAGAGGUAUUAACCAUACAGAAGCUGGAUGUGGUUUGCACGAGUGGAAGUGAAUCCCAAGUAAAUCACAGAACUGUUGUACUGCGAAGACAAGCGACCGGCGGUCUGGGCUUAAGCAUCAAAGGAGGUGCAGAGCACAACGUGCCAGUGGUUAUUUCAAAGAUUUUUAAAGAUCAAGUAGCCGAUCAGACGGGGAAGCUGUUCGUCGGGGACGCAGUGUUGCAGGUCAAUGGCAUUAAUGUAGAGCACUGUACUCACGAGGAAGUUGUUCACCUCUUGCGUACUGCGGGAGAUGAGGUCACCAUCACUGUUCGCUACCUGCGAGAAGUUCCAUCAUUUCUAAAACUGCCUCUAGGGUCUCCGGGGCCAGAUCACAGUCGAGUAUCCUCCCCGCUGUUCGACAGUGGUGUACAUUUAAAUGGAAAUGGAAACAACACAGCUCCAUCACCCCCUUCGCCCUCAGCUAAUGAACCAAAGUAUGAGAAGCGCUGGCUGGAUGCCGUCUCCCUGCCCUUGUUGAUGGCCAGAGUCUCCAGAUACAAAGCUGGCAAAGAUAAAUUAAGGUUCAACUGUUUUGAAGUUUUUGCCUUGGAUGGAGCCAGCACCAAUAUUCUUCAAUUUUGCACUGCAGCAGAAAGCACAGACUGGCUCCAAGCAAUAUCCACAAAUAUCAAUGACUUGACGCAGGAGAAUAUAAAGAUCAUCAACAAGUACUGCUCUUCAGAUGACCAAAUUGUUCACAUGGGCUGGGCAUGUGAAUGCCCCGAGGGUAGCGCUCCCGGUCGAUCUUCAACAUUUAAGUUCCUGGCACUGCGAGGACCAUAUUUUUAUAUCUUCAAAAGUCCGCCGAUCAGUGCUGCUGACUGGGGACAAGCUGAAACAACAUAUAACCUCUAUGAGGUUCUUUUCAAGGUUCACAAGCUGUGGAUGGCAGAGGACUGCUGGCUCCAGGCAAGGCUCUACUUGGGACUGGAGCAUUCUCCUGAGCAGGACACGGAGUCUCUGUGCUUCAGUAUUCUGGUCGGCCACGGCCAGAGCCACACCUUCAGGGUAGAGCUGGCCACUGACCUGGCUAUCUGGGAGAAGUCCUUCCAAAGGGCGGUCUUCUUGGAAGUGCAGCGAAUACAAUCCAAAAGCUACAUGUGCAGCAGCCAGGGGAAUGUGCUGUGCUUCACCAUAGAUUUUGCAUCAGGCUUCACCUGCUCUGAAAGCACUUCAAAGACAAUACUGUGGCGAUACAAGUUCUCUCAACUUAAAGGCUCCUCUGACGACGGGAAAACCAGGGUAAAGCUCCUUUUUAAGAAUCCCGAAAGCAAGCAGAUAGAAAUGAAGGAGCUGGAGUUUGCUAAUCUGACAGCCGUCCUCCACUGUAUACAUUCUUUUAUCGCUGCCAAAGUGGCCUCCAUGGACCCUCUCUUUAUGUGCAGUCAAAGCUUCCUUGGAAAUUACACGAACAGUUAAGAAGACACGUCCUCAUCGUGAUGUGCACCUGAGGCAAAUCAGCAGUAUUUUAUGCACAGAGCCCAUUGAUAUGUAUAUCUUGUUCUUGCUAUUUUUGUAUGGACUUCUGAAAAAGACAUCUUUGUAAAAGACUCUUGAGGUGGGUAAUGUCAGAUCUACUGAAGGAAAGAUGAGGUUUCACUUUUAGACAACUAGAGAUAUCCAGUGGGAAAAGAUAUACAGUUCUUCCAUUCUUCUGUUUGCCCCCCCCCCAUUUGAUAAUUAUUCAGAGUGAAACUUAACACCUAUGAUAAAGAAAUAAAAAAAUGUAGCUGCCACUGUGUUUAACAGAAAACCUAAAAAUGAAUUUUGCUACAUGUCUACCUACAAAUAUUGAAGAAAUUUCAGCUGGGUAAAUGAAGCGGAUAUCGUCACAGGGGGAUACAGGAUUAAAACAGGCCUUUGACAGGGAUAUUUCCAACAAUGAUGAGAAAGCGUACUCUUUUUUUCUUGUUUUUUUUUUUUUAAAUCCCC